UUGACACGGAGAAGGAAGAGUAUAUGGCAAUCUGAAAUUUUACAGAAUAGAUAGUUCAAAAGUUUGAGAUUCCGCUUGUAGUUCCUCUGUUUGCCAAGAAAGAAGCAGUACUUGCGAGGGUUAAUACCUGACACAUGAAAUACAUUGCCUAGUUAUGUCAAUAGACAUAUACUCGUCGCUAAUAAACUCUUGCCGUUCCGGCAGUUUGGAAGAUGUAAGACAUAUUCUUUUCCAGUACAGUCUAUCUGAAUACCCCGAAUGGUUAGAUGGAUAUUUACUAGUUUGUGAGGCUUUGAAGAACAAACAACUAGAGAUCACGAAAUUACUUUUACAAAAUAAGGCAAAAAUAAAUUUAAUAACAAGGGGGACAUCGAAUUCCAAUACCCCGCUUCAUUACGCUGUGUGCAUUGAAAGUUUAGAAAUAAUUCAAAUCCUGCUGGAGAAGGACGCCGACCUUAAUGCAACAAACAAAGAUAAAAGAACACCUCUGCAUAUUGCCGUUAAACACCAAAAAGAAGAAAUUGUUAAGCUAUUAGUGAAAAAAGGAGCAGACGUUGAACUUAUUGACAAGUAUGGUUACACUUCACUUCAUUUAGCAUCAAAAAAUGGCGAUACUAAAAUUGUUCAGCAUCUUAUAAAGCAUGGAGCAGACGUUAGUUGCAUAUGUAAAACAUAUACGGCAUUAUAUUUUGCUAUAGAAUGUAAGAGUUUAGAUAUUGUGACACUGCUUUUAGAGAAUAAUGUACUAAUUGAUUCAAAUUAUGCCAUCAAUUACUCUCUGCUUCAACUUGCAGUCCGUCAGAACAAUGUUGAAAUAUUAAAACUUCUUUUGAAAUAUGUCCGUAAUACAGAUAAAAACUGUGGUCAAGAUCUAAGCAAUCUUCAAAAGACUAUGGCAGAGAAGAAUGAGUUUGUUGACAUUUUCUUGAAUAAAGAUUGUUCUAUAGAUGCUAUGGUAAAGUCUGAGAUUGCAACACAACACAAUGCUGUUGCAACAAGUCCCGUUUUCAACAUUGUAAAAUUAAACAAUGAAACAACCUCUAACCUAUUUUCUGAUCAAGGAUCGAAUGUAAAUGAAAACUGUCUAGAUUUGCCUUCACGAAUUCAAACUCUUCUUACCAGUACACCUAAUAAUGGAAAAUACGACAGCGAGUUCACACUUGGCAUUCCUAUUCUGAAACAAGAAAGAAAGCUAGUGAAUUCUGAAAAUACAGAUGAUUUACAAUCGCCUCAUAGUUGUUUAAAAAGUGUUCAUACAAAAGUUGAAGAAGAUAUUAUGAUACAUGGUACAAAUUUGGAAGAUAUCAACACCUUACUCCAUGCCGCAUUGAUAAUGAAACAAAAAGAAAUAGUUCAGGUGCUUCUAAAUCACGGUUUUGACGCAAAUGCAGACAAUGAGUCUAGACGAAAGCCAAUAUAUUAUGCAUAUAAGUAUAAUGAUUUAGACGUGUGUAAGCACCUCUUGGCUCACGGAGUUUGCAUUAAUUCAAAAAUCAACCAUGACUUUAAUCUUCUGCAUAUGGCUGUUGAAAAUAGGGACGAAAAGUUUGUAAGAUUUGUACUGAAUCAAGGAGCUGACGUAAAUGCGACUACGAAUGAUAAUAGUACAUCCCUUCACAUUGCUUCUAGAAACGGAUGUGAGCGAAUCGUGAAAUUGCUACUGAAACACAAUGCUGAUGUUCAUAUCAAAGAUAAUAAAGGUUUUACUUCCCUCCAUGAAGCUUCAAAACAGGGCAAUGAAAGAAUUGUGAAACUGCUUUUGCGUAAAGGAUCGGACGUAGAUGCGAUCACACAUUGUAUGUCCACUUCGCUCCAUUUCGCAGUUCUGUAUAGUCAAGAUUCGGUGUUGCCACUUCUUUUGAAGUACGGUGCUAACGUCAAUGCAAAAGACAGUAAAAACAAAAGUGCUCUUUGCUAUGCUGCUGACGUUGGAAAUACGUUUGCAGCACGUCUUCUGCUGAACAAAAAUAUAGAUUUCAAUGAAAAAAGUCACAAAUUGGCAAUUUGUCUAGCAGUACUUGGAAAUCUUGUAGAACAUAACAAUAUAGUUGAGAUGUUCUUGUUUCGUGGUUUCACUAUCACUCCUCAAGAUUUCAACGAAUUUCAGAUACCGGAGCAUUUGCAUUCAAAAUAUAUAAGCGAUUGUCAUAGAGAAGAAUAUGUCACAAUUUUGAAAAAUCUUUUACAACGUGAACCGUCGACCAAUGGCUUUUUUGAAUACCAAGUUUUGCGCCAUUCCAUUGAAAAAGGGUUUUUAAAAAUCGUUAAAGAUAUGUUAAGAUAUGACGUAAAUAUAAACGUUCCAUUAGAAGAAUGUUGUACGUUACUGCACAUUGCGGUUAAGAAUGGUCAAAUCUGGAUUGCUGAAGAGCUUCUGAAACGUGGUGCGAAUCCUAAUGGUAUAGAUAUUCGUGGUAGAACACCACUGCACACUAGUGUCCUUAGUAAUUUCACAGAGGUCGUUGCAUUUUUCAUCAAAUACAAAGUUGAUCUUGAAGCUCGUGAUGAAGAUGGUAAAACUGCACUUCACCUUGCUGCUGAUGGCAGAGAACAUAUUGUCAAAUUGCUUUUGGAUGCCGGGGCUAACAUUAAUUCUACAAGUAGAAACGAAUCAAGACCACUCCAUUUUGCUGCAGAACGUGGACAUGUAAAAGUAGUUGAAUUACUUUUGGAUUACGAUGCGGAUAUCAAUGUCAAAAAUAGAAAUAAUGAAACCCCAUUAGAUUUAGUAGUAUAUUGGCAAAAAACAGAAGUAGCAACUGUCCUGUUAGAAAACGGUGCAAUGUAUAGUCUCGCUUCUGUUCCUUCAUACAAUAGAGAAAUUUCCGAAUUAAUGAUGAUGCAUUCAAUUAAACUGCAGGAAAUUAGUAUGUGCAACAGCGAAGUAAAAUUUGCAAAACAAAAUGAUGAUUUCCGGAAAAAUUGCAGGGAAGAGCUUCAAAGAAUGAUUCUUAAUCAAAUUGGAGUUAAUGUUUCAUUGUAUGACAUUCUAACAAGAGGAAAUUGUAUGGUAGAAAUGUAUAUGAGAAAUGAAAAUUUGAUCCAAUUCUUCGAUUUUUGUGACUACGAAACGUUGUUUCCAAUCUACGCUAAUAUGUUAAGAAUUCGUGUCAAUAGAGCGAAAAGAAAGAACCGACUUAAAGAGUUGAGUACGAUCGCUUUAGAAAUGAUGUUAGAAAUAAAGAUACCCUAUCUAGCUAUCGAAAAACUCUAUACAUAUGUAAAUACCACAGAUCUGCGAAACCUAAUUCGUGCUAUUUCGACUAAUCAGUGAUUGUUGAGAAAAUGCUAGAAGUCAUCGAAAUACUUUAAUCAAUUUUAAUGUCUGAUUGCAUAUGUUGAAAAUUCUUGCUAUUUAAUGAACUAAUUAAUUUAUUAACUGUAACGCAUUUUAUUUGAUUCUUGAUUUAUGUGAUAAGAUAUUCAUUAGAACGUGUCGAAAUAAAAAAAUAUAUCUCUUUUCCUUUCGGAAAGAGAUAGAUUGUUGCUGUUAGGUGACAAAAUUAUACAUUCAGGAAAUAACAAAAAAUGUCUAUCGUUUGCACAACGAUGUUAAAGGUCAAAAUAUGGCAAAUUCGUUUAUUUCUGCGUUUUAUAAGACCAAAAGUGCUUUUUUUCCUAAUCAAGAUAUAUGACAAAAAGAGUUAACUGAAUCGAUAUGUGUACCUGUGCAGUAUGAAGCCUAUAUAAAUUAUCUUAUGUUCUCGCGUUAAUAUUCGUUCAGACAAGCAGUUUGAACGCACUGAAAAAGUUUUCGAAUACUAUCUUACGCAGUUGAGAUACCACAAAAAUAUAUCUUAUGUUCACACAUGGAUGUUGAACGUACAAAAACGAGAAAAAUUAUAAUUUGCGCCAUCUUUCAGUAUCCUUUUUGAAGUUUUAUAAAUAUGAUAAAUUUUAAUAAUAUAAUAUAUUUAGAAUAUGAAAAUAUAAUAAAAACUGGAAGUCAAUUUACCAUUCGAAUAUAGGAUAGUUAUAAAUUGAUCUGAAAUAUUGCUUAAAAAUAACAACUAAAUCUAAGUACAAAUAUAAAUAUCCUUUAUUUAGAAGGUACACACUUUAUUCAUUAUGAAGUAGUUAUCAUGGUAAAAAAUUUAUAAAAUGGCAAAGAGUUUAAAAUAUUGAGAAAUCAUUGAAUUUUCUUUAUUUUAACCUUCAGCAUUAGUAGCGUCGAAACUAGCGUUAUUUAUCCAUGGACUUGGCAGUUUCUGUCAGAGUGGCCGAUCAUAUAAAUUCAGACCAGAAAGUACCCAGUAUUGCAUUUGUCCCGCUUUACAUAUACGUAAUGUCUCGAUUUUUAUGCAUUUGUUACAAAAAAAAUAUUGUUUUUCGAUAUGCCCUAAUAUUCAUGAACAGACUGCAUCAACGUAGAUUUUAAGGGAGGUUUGGUACAAUGUAUUCUACGGAUAUUAAUUUUCAUGGAAAGCGAAAAUCUAUUUUUAUAUUUUUAAUGUUGUAUUUAUUAAGAAUUUAAUAAUGGUAAUAUGACUUCAAUUAAAGUAUUUUUAAAUUUUCUGUUACGGUGUUAGGAAACAUGCCUGAUUGAAAGAUUAAUGCAAUAUAAUUAUUUUCUUCAACUUUCGCACUUGAGCGAUCAUUGCAUACAACCCGUCAAUUUGAUUAACAAAUAUUUAUUUCGGCAAGGUCGACUAAUGUUUUCACAAAAAUAUUGACUUAUGAUAGAUCAAAAUGUAUUUGUACUAGUAAAAUAUUUAGUAAUAAAUUGCGUAAUAAAAUACUAAA